AUGGAUUUUUUGUCACUGGGUUACCACCAGUACUAUGUGGACAGGACACCAUCUGGAUACGUCUCAGAUCUCUCCCAUGUGAUCAAAUAUGAGACACUGGAGUUCAGUGAUGCUUUGUCAUAUGAAGAAGCGCCAGUACAGAUUCUGAGGAAGCUUCUUGGGAAUCAGAAGAGUGGAUGCGCCAGAGAUACCCACAGUUGUUUGAUGGGAACCAGGGUUAAGAACCAAACGAGUUCUGACUUCCCAUAUUGCAUCCUAACCAUACCUCUAUUCAUAGCAGACUCUAAUGAUCUGAACUCUUCUGGCGACACGUCCAAUCUCUCUAAUUCUAUCCUUGAAUUGACUUCAAGGACGACCGAGGUUUUGAACAACACUCAGACCCCAACCAUCACCACUGAAACAUCCGCUGCUCCGAUCGGCAUUAAGUUGGAUGGUUCCAACUAUGCACCGUGGUCCCAAGUUGUUGAGAUGUAUAUCUAUGGCAAGGAUAAACUGGGGUACAUUAAUUGCGACUUUCCCCAGUUGCUAUCCACUGAUCCCUCCUUUCGCAAGUGGCGCACCGAUAACACCAUUGUUAAAGGUUGGUUAAUUUCUUCCAUGGAUUCGUCCUUGAUUGGCAAUUUUAUUCGGUUUUCUACGGCAAAGGCGGUUUGGGAUUCCAUUGCCACUACCUUCUUUGAUGGUAGUGAUACAUCACAAGUGUAUGAUCUUCGAUGCCGUGUGACACGGCUGAAGCAAGCCGCUGGCUCGUUGGAAAAAUAUUAUACUGAGUUGCAGGGUUUAUGGCGUGAAAUUGAUUUUCGCCGGCCAAAUCCUAUGGAAUGCUCUGUUGAUAUUCAGCAUUAUAAUCUGAUCAUUCAGGAAGACCGUGUUUAUGUGUUUUUGGAUGGUCUUGACGAUCGGCUAGACAAAAUACGAGCUGAUGUUUUGCAGAUGAAACCAUUUCCUACUGUCGAACAAGCGUAUGCGCGUGUUAGACGGGAGGCUAUUCGACAGCAGGUUAUGACUACCCAUGACCCCGAUGGGCUCCAGGGGGCUGUCUUGGCCUCAAAAUCACGUACGUUAAGCACCUCUGCCCCUGGAACGAAUGGAAAUUCAGGCACAGCUGCUGUAUUUGUUGCAGAGCCUCCUCUCUCCCUUAUACAACCAACUGCAACGUCCACGGAAGCUCCUCCUAAUUUGAACUCAGGUAUCCCUGAUCUUGCUCUUCCUACCUCCCAUCGAGAUGCAGACUGUAGUGCAUGGCUUCUUGACUCGAGGGCCACUGACCAUAUGAAUUUUGCUACCUUGGACUUCUCUCAGACCUCUCUUCCGCGACACACCAGCAUAGCCAAUGCAAAUGGUGUUAUCUCACCAGUCACUGGCAUUGGUUCUGUGACUUUAUCUCCAUCCCUGCAUUUAUCUAAUACUUUACUUGUUCCAUCUUUAUCCCAUAAAUUGUUGUCUGAUAUUCUCACCAAGGAGAUAAUUGGGCGUGGUACUAAGAGGGAGGAAUUAUAUUAUGUGGAAGACUUUAAGCCAUCGGCUACUUAUCCUUUAAGCAUGAAUAAAAGUGACACUCCAUUUACGUUAAUUCACUCUGAUGUAUGGGGGCCCUCACCUGUUACUAAUAUGUCUGGCUUUCGUUGGUUUGUGAUUUUUGUGGAUGAUUGUACUCAUAUGACAUGGUUUUACUUGAUGAAACACAAAGAUGAGGUUCUUAGUGUGUUUGAAACAUUCCAUGCUAUGGUUGGUACUCAAAACGGUGCCACCAUGAAGGUUCUUCGCUCUGAUAAUGGUGGUGAAUAUGUCAAUAAGCACCUUAAAGCGUACUGUACUCAACAUGGUUUAAUUCAUGAAACUUCAUGCUCACAAACACCUCAACAGAACGGUGUUGCUGAGAGGAAGAAUAGACAUGUUCUUGAGACUACCCGUGCUUUGCUUCUCGGUGCUCAUAUGCCCAAACGUUUUUGGACCGAUGCCGUCUCAAUUGCUGUCCAUCUUCUUAACCGAAUGCCUUCCAAGGUUUUAUCCUUUAAGACACCACUCCAAUGUCUUUCUACUUAUGUGUCACUACCUACUGCACUAAUGCUUCCUCCUCGCGUCUUCGGGUGUGUUGUCUAUGUGUAUCUCCACAAGAACCAACGCACUAAGCUUGAUCUGUGUGCAUGUCGAUGUUUGUUUUUGGGCUAUGGCGUCCAUCAGAAAGGGUAUCGGUGCUAUGAUCCUACCACCCGAAGACUCUAUGGGGAGAUACAUAAUGAAGAGUUGAAUUGGUUCCAACAUGAGGCGCCAAAUGAGUUUGAUUGGUUGGCGCCAAAUGAGGGGCCACGUGAACAUGAGGGGCAGGCUGGGCCGAAUGAUAACUUAGGCAUUGUGAACUGUGAAGCUGAGAUAUAUCGUACUGCAGAGCAUGCAACAUCUGAGACUGAACCUAUAUCCCCUCCCUCUGAAGUGCCAGCCGAAUCAUCUCCUCAGAAUACUCCUGAGGUGCGUAAUGUUAUUACAACCUUACAUACCGAUGAUAUAGAUGCUUCUGUGGGUUAUGUCUUACCUCACAGGUACAAUCGUGGUAAGCCACCUAAUAGAUGCUCUCCAGAUAUUAAGGAACGAAGGUCAAGGUAUCCUAUUGCUAACUAUGUAUCCACUAAGGAACUCUCUGAAUCGAUUAAGAAAUUUGUACAAGAACUCUCUAUAUGUCAAAUUCCUACCAAUGUUCAUGAGGCAUUGGCAGAUCCAAGAUGGACCCGAGCUAUUGAGGAAGAAAUGGAGGUGUUCUCCAUUAAACACAAAGCAGAUGGAUCUAUUGAAUGGUACAAAGCACGACUGGUAGCAAAGGGAUAUACGCAGACAUAUGGUGUCGAUUAUCAAGAGACUUUCUCACCUGUAGCUAAGCUAAACACAGUUAGGGUAUUAUUGUCUCUUGCGGCAAAUCUUGAUUGGCCUUUGCAUCAAUUUGAUGUAAAGAAUGCUUUUCUCGACUGUGAUCUCCAAGAAGAGGUUUAUAUGGAUGUUCUUCCUGGUUAUACAACAUCUUCAAAGAAUGGAGUGGUAUGCAAAUUGCAGCGAGUGUUGUACGGACUGAAGCAAUCACCAUGA